CCUCUACAACGCUUUCGCGCCUGCGCUCCUGCCCCAGCUACCGGACCCGCGCACGCAGCGGCUGAGGCUCGAAGCUCAGCGGGCUACGCGGCUGUGGAAUCCGAGUAAUAGCACGCCGCGCAUGCGUCGGCCGACGACGACGACCACUACAACGGAGAGAAGGGCGCGUGGGAGAGCGGCGUCAGGAGCGAGUGUUGCGCAGCCAGCGAUUCCGCUGCGGCAUCCGCAGCUGACGAAGGGGGAGAUUGAAGGAGAGAUUCAGGGUGCGGGGGAUAUUGAGUUUAUUGGCGGGAAGGAUAAGGGUGGUGCUGGUGAUUAUCCGCUGCUGAGUUUGAGGGAGCAGAGGUUUAGUCGGAAUUCGAGCGGACGUGCGAGUCUGCAGGUUGAGUACAGCGCGGCUAGCUCAGGGACGCAGAGUAAUCGCGUUAGUCUGCCGAGGAGCGUGACAUCGAUUGAUAUACGGCGCAGUUUUAGCCUUGUGGCUGAGGAUUUUGCGGCAGGUGCGACGGUAGAGCACGGCGAUAAGGGGAAGGGAAAAGAUAUCGAAGGAAACAGACGAGUAUAUAUUGAGCGACGAUCAACGGGCUACCGCAAACGGGGACAGUUAGUUGCCUCGUUGCAAACACCCGUCGAGCUAUCACCGAAGUUUAAGCAGGACAUCGGACCACCUCUCGCGCACACCACAAGAAACUACACAAUGGCCGAUCUCGAAAGCGGUCCACCCCCCUCGCAAUCCCAAUCCCAAAACCCCUACCACGACCACGACACCACCGACAAUCUCGCCUCCUUAACUUCCACACACACCUCCAUCCACGGCUCCGACCGCCCCAUCGCCCCCGGCGCCGACGACGCCUGGGGUCCCGCGCAUCCAUGCUUCCCUCACCUAAACCCCUACGUCCCCACCGACUCCGUCGCCUACGCAAACACGCGCAUCAUCCGCAUCCCACGUGACUGGAUGAUUGCCGGCGACCUCGCUCCGACCUUCAGCGCCACAUACCCCGAGCUACUCGGCGAGGCGGGACUAGGGGAGGCCGAGUUCCGGCGCUGCGUGGAGUCCAUUAAUACACGGCUCAUCGAGGCGUUCAAUCCGUUUGGUGUGCGGAAUCUGGUGGAUGCGGUGAUGGGGCUAUGUACAGGGUGGUUAUGGGAUGAUGCGGGGCUGACGUAUACGAAGAGGUGUUUGGCGGCGGCGGAGAAGGCGAUUGAGGGGUUUAAUCGCGAGUUGGAGAUGGGGAGCUCGCAGGCGAGGUUUAUUUCGCUGAAGAAGAGCGCGUAUAUGAGUCUUGAUGUCCAGAUCCCGACACCACAGAUCGGGUUUAUCGAGUCCGAGAUGGGCGAGGAUGACGACGGAGUCUCAGAUGCGGGUACGGAGCGACCAAUUGCUGAGAGAGCGGAGACUCGAGACGGCGAGGUGGUGUACUAGUUACCUGGUGAGAGCAAGCAAAAGUGGCAGCUGUGGACAGUUUACUGGAUAUACCCCCCAUUUCCCUUAACACAACUCCGGAUGGGCAUUCGCAUAUUCGGAAUUCUCCUUAAUUCUUUUUUUUUGUCUCCCUGCCAGCGCGGCGUCUGGGUUUUGGGGGCAUAUUUCUCUACCAAGAAGCUGCGUUUUUUUCGACUGUGGCUUUCUUUUAGGAUGGGAUGGGGAUGGGGAUGGAUUGGGAUGGAUUCUGUUACGUGGGUUUAGAGAGGUUUUUCUCUUGUAAUGAGUAGUAGUUAAUAUUUCGGUGUUACGAUUGGUACUGUCCGUUUGCGUGCGUAUAUGUUGUCGUUGCAAAGUUCAACAUGCCAUUCAACACCUAUGUUUUAGGUGCUUCUGUGGUGAGGAGAUUCCGGCUCCGAACAUCUUG